CCUUAACUUUCAGCUAUAUAUUAGUAGUCCCUUACGGGAGAGUUGUCAUUCCUCACCUCUCAGGGAUCUCCCCAUCGACUAAAGCUACAUCUUCCCCUUUUCCUUUCUCAGUGAGUUGGCUGCUUCUGUUACAAAUGGACAACUCAGCCUUUGAGAUGCAUGAAGAUGCAGCACAGAAUACUUUUUCUACGAGGAAGAUGGACACCAUCUCCAGAAUGGAGAAGAAGAGGCAGUGGUCACUGAUGAGCGUUUUCCUGGUGUGUCUCUUGGCCUGUACUGUCACCACGGCAGUAGGAGUACUGAUACUUUCCUUGGUUUAUGUUCACAACUCUCAGCCACAUUCACAAGUCCACCUGGAAGUCGGGCCUCUGCAAACAACGGUUCCCAUAGUGCAAAAGGCUGUUGAUCCAAAAUACCAGUUUCUUAAUCAUUUGCCUAAAUCCAAGGUCUUUGAAUUCCCUGGCGGUGCAAUCCAGUGGGCCCGGUAUAGGAACAAUGUCAAAGACUACCUCAGCAUUGAAGAAGAGACCUUUGGCAGCAGCUUGAACAGUCAGAGAUCACAGAUGACUCUGGGGACCCUGAGAAUAAAAAGCAACGGUCUCCGGGCCCCUCACUGGCACUUCAAUGCUAAUGAACAUGGCUACCUUGUACAGGGGACGGCAUGGAUUGGGGUGGUUGAUGAUGGUGGUGUAGUUACGACAUACAAUGUUACAGCUGGCCAAGUGAUCUUCUUCCCUAAAAAUACUCUACACUGGAUCAAGAAUGUGGGGAACGAAGACUGCUUUUUCUUACUCUUCUUUUCCACACAUGAUGAACUUCAGACACUGGAUGUUGAUGAUGUAUUUUUUUCUGUACCUGAAGAUAUUGCUUCCAGGUCACUUAAGCCUGAAGGUGGAAUUAAUUUCAUUAGAACGUUCCAGAAGCAGAAAGAGGACCAGGGUGUCAACCUUCCCCCCAACUUGGCAGAACUGGUUAUAAAUCCUAGUUAUGUUCAGUCUCCAGAGAGUCUUGUGUGGAGAUAUUUUUAUGACCUUAAAGGUUCAAAAGAAUAUCAGUUUCCAGGAGGAGUAAUACAACUGGCACAAUACUGGAAAAAUGGAAGCGAACUAAGCAACCAAGAAAAAAUUUUUGGAGAAUUCCUGAAUCAGCAUCAGAAUGCUCUCACUUUGUGUACACUCAGAAUUUAUAACAACGGAUUACGACAGCCGCAUUUUCAUUUUAAUGCAAAUGAAAUGGGAUAUGUAAUAAGUGGAUGUGCAAAGGUGGGCAUUAUUAAUACUCAGGGUAUCGUGGAGUUUGAUGUUCACAUUGGAGAUGUGGUAUUUUUCCCCAUGGGAACCCAACAUUACAUUAAGAGCACAUGUGAUGAGGAUUUGCUUUUCCUUCUUGCCUUCAGCACCGGAGACCAGUUGCAAACUCUUGACAUGGACGAUUAUCUCCAGGCCACAGCAGACCACAUCCUGGCCCAACUUUUCUUCAAGAAGCAAAGUGAAUUUAAGAAGAUCCCCAAAUUCAAGGAGGACCAGGCAAUCAACCUGCCGUAGAUUUGCCAAUGAGUUCAUACUUAUUCUUCCUUCCUCAUUUGUUCUUAUUGUUUUUAAAGAAGGAC